UAUUAUGGGGCUUGGAAUUUCUUCGCGUUACGACAUGAUUACGGCCGCCGCGGACGCUGUUAUAAUUACGUCAUAGAUGGCCGCAAGUUUACGUCAUAGUAAAACAGUUGAAAUAUUCCCGCAAGAUUCACAUUUCGAUCACACACCGACGUGCUGAAGAACGAUAUCUCAGCACAUAAAAUACAACUAGGAAUCACUUAUCUAAUACAAUAAUGCCUGGUACUGAUUCUGAAUCUGGCUGUUGGCCACGCAUGAGAUCUUCAAAGAAGCGCUCCAACCCCAAAGCCAAACACACAGGAAAGGAAAUAGGCGCUCAGGAUGCCCAGACCAAAGCUGAGCUAGACCCGAUGACCCGCUCCCUGGCUCUCCACCUGUGCUGCCCAUCCUGUGACACUCUCCUCCUCCAGCCUGUGUCUCUGCCCUGUGGCCACUGCCUCUGCCAGCCCUGCCUGGAAGGCAUCCGCAAUAAGCCCUCCAGCACCAAGGCCUCUGAUGCCCAACAGGCCCAGCCCUACUCCCAGUGCCCCAGUUGCCUGGUUCACUACUCCCUCCAGCCUGGCGGGGCCUGGCCCUUCCCAGAGAAUCUUCUUCUGGCCAACGUAUCUGAGCAGCUCCUAGAGAGGCUGGAGGGCCUGAGGCGGGUGAAGCAACCCAAAAACACCCGGGCCAAGGACACAUCCCUGAGGGUGACCACCUGCGAGAUCUGCUCUAAGCAGCGCGAGGCCCAGAGCUACUGCCGCACCUGUGGCCUCAACAACUGUGCCAAGUACCUGAGAAAACUCCAUGGCAACCAGGCAUUCCAGGCCCACGUGCUGACGGAGCCCGUGGAGGGUGGGUGCCGCGAUCCAUGCCCCACCCACCACGACAGCUCCCUGUCCCACUGUUGCCUUGACGAUGGAGCUCUGGGGUGCCAGGAGUGUAUGGAACAGGGGCACCAGGGGCAUGACGUGUCACCCGUCCACGAGGCCCGCGCCCGCAGGGAGGUGGGCAUCCGCAAUUCACUGGAGCAGGCUGAGAAGGUGAAGUCCCAGUGUGAAGCCGACAUGGUGUCCAUGGAUCAGUUGAGGGUCCGAACGGGCUCCGACGGUGCCGAGCUGAGACACCACGUGCGCGAGGGCUUCCUGUCUCUCCGUAAUGUCCUGCUAGACCAGGAGGCGGCACUGCUCUCCCACCUGGACAUCCUGACCUCCAGUACCUGCAGCGGUGCCAGGGACUUCCUCCAGACCUCUGCUCCACUCCUUGGCUCCCUGACUGGGCUGGAGGUGAUCUCUGAGCAGGCCCUCCUGGAGCCCGACACCGUGGCCUUCCUGACUGGGGCCAUGGCUCUGACCCAGUGGCUGCAGAAGGUCAACGGGGACAUCCACCGCCCUGCCCUGACUCUCCAGGAGGGGGAGCCCUUCAAGGGGGUGAAGAUGGACUUUGACACCCUCCUUAGAGACCUGCAGGGCCUUCUGGUGACCCACCUCCACUGGAAGAGCCCUGAAGUGGAUGCAGUGGUUGCAUCAGCGACCAGUGUGGAGUCAGACAUUUUGGAGGGGUGCUGCGAGGUGUUGCAGGUGCCAUCCUGCCCAGGGACCCCCCACCGCACCCUGGCCCUGGCGGACUCCCCCCUGAGCCCCCGGAACCCCAAGAGCCCCAGAAAGCUGGUGAUGGAGGAACAGCUGGGCCUGUCGGCUGGGGACUGCAGCGAUAAGGAGCGCCACCUGCUGCCCAGGCCCCCCAUCAUCUACCAGCACAUCGUCAGCAGAGACACUGUGGAGAUCUUCUGGAUGCUGCCCAUGGGCGAGGAGGUGGAGACCUUUGACAUCCACUUCCAGGAUGCUGUUACCGUGGGGAUGGCCAUGGAGGAGGGGAAGGGAGUGGUCCUGGUGGGGCUGAAGACCUGCAACCUGCAGACAGCCGGGCUCCGCCUAGACACACACUACCUGUUCCGGGCACGCUCUGUCAACAGCCAUGGGGCCGGGGAGUGGAGCUCCUCCUACAGGGUGAACACCGAGCGCCAGGGAGACGAGGCCAAGGCAGCCGUGACACAGGAAAUCUAACUCUUACAACAGGAAAUGAAGAACCCACACAUCAUAUGUCACUUACAAUCUGUCUUUUCCACAUACACUGCAUUAUCAGGCAGAAACAUACACUGCAUUAUCAGGCAGAAACAUACACUGCAUUAUCAGGCAGAAACAUACACUGCAUUAUCAGGCAGAAACAUACACUGCAUUAUCAGGCAGAAACAUACAUUGCAUUAUCAGGCAGAAACAUACACUGCAUUAUCAGGCAGAAACAUACAUUGCAUUAUCAGGCAGAAACAUACACUGCAUUAUCAGACAGAAACAUACAUUGCAUUAUCAGGCAGAAACAUACACUGCAUUAUCAGACAGAAACAUACACUGCAUUAUCAGGCAGAAACAUACAUUGCAUAAUAAAAAUAUAGCAAGCUACUUUGAAAAAGUGAGCUAUUGAAUUUUUUCACCAAACACAAUGCUUUGUGGAAUUUGUUCUUAACUAAUAAAUAAUGGUUAC